CUUGUAAAAAAUCACAACUAGUUAAUUAUCUAUGGGAUCUCAGCAAACCAACAUUUAUUAUCAAUUGAUGAUAUAGCUGUUUCUGUUGGUCACUGAGAACAAUGGAUGAAGAGACUGUUCCAAAAGUUUCAAAAAGAAAAUCUCGGCUCUUCCAAUUCUUAAUUUUGCUUGUUACUGUAGCAAUUGUUGCUACUAUUUGUGGAUUGGUUAUUUAUUAUGUUGGUGUAGUGGGUGAUGGACAAGGCAACACCAAUGAACCAGCCCUUGACUCCACCAGUUCUCCAAUAUUACCAACAACAGACUCUGCUACUUCUCCAAUUACUUCAUCAAAUAUUUUCUACAUUGGAGCAGCAAGAACAGAUGUUACCGGUCCUGUAGUACAAGUUAAUAUGAUGGGUUAUGCCCAUCCAGAGCAGGUGGCUAAUGGACUUCAUACACGAUUAUACAGUCGAGCAUUUGUUGUGGCAGAUAAAGAGCUUAACACGAGAGUGGCAUUUGUUAGUUUUGAUGGCGGGAUGACCUCACAACUAAUCAAGCUUCAGGUUGUGAAAAAACUGCAGGAAAAACAUGGAGACAUGUUUUCUGAAAGAAAUGUAGUGAUUUCUGGCACCCAUACACAUUCGGGACCCGCUGGUUUCUUCCAAUUUCUAUUAUUUGAAAUAACCUCCCUCGGACAUGUGGAGCAAUCAACCACUGCCUUUGUUGAUGGCAUUACUGAGAGUAUUGAACUGGCAAACUCAAGAUUGGAGCUUGGGAAGAUCAGAAUUGGAAGUGGUUUGGUAAAUGAAGGAAAUAUAAACAGAAGUCCUACGUCUUAUCUUCUUAAUCCAGAGUCUGAAAGAGCCAGAUACACACACGAUACAGAGCAGGAAAUUACAGUGCUGGGAUUCGAAACACUUUCAGGAGAUCCGGUUGGGAUGUUGUCUUGGUACCCCGUCCACCCAACAAGUAUGAACUUUACAAACUUGCUUAUUAAUUCUGACAACAAAGGCAGAGCUUCAACACUAUUUGAAAAAAUGAUGAGAAAGCCAGGGGAAACACUGGGUGGGCAGGAGAGUUUUGUUGCUGCUUUUGCCCAGGCAAAUUUGGGUGACGUUUCUCCAAGAACUAAAGGUCCAAUUUGUUUCGACACAGGUUUGGAAUGUGAGCCGUUAUCAUCUACCUGCAAUGGAAGGUCACAAAACUGCACAGGGUUUGGUCCAGGAAAAGAUAUGUUUGAUUCAACAGAUAUUAUCGCUCGAAGACAGCUGGAUGCAGCAAAGGGCGUUUAUGAAAAUGCCACUGAAGUGCUUGAUGGUCCAGUGAGUUGGGUACACCAGUAUGUGGAUAUGACAAGUCAGUCAAUUAAACUAGAUGAUGGAACAACUGCGAAUACUUGUAAACCUGGCAUGGGAUAUAGUUUUGCUGCUGGAUGCACCGAUGGAGCAGGAGCUUUUGACUUUGUCCAAGGAAUGACACGCGGCACUGCUUUUUGGAACACAAUUCGAGACACCCUUGCCAAGUUUAUCUGCACUGUUGAACCACCUAAAGAAUAUUAUGACUGCCAUAAACCAAAACCUGUAUUGCUACCAACUGGAUACAUGGACAUACCAUAUGAGUGGCACCCUACUACAGUGGAUAUACAAUUACUAAGGAUAGGUCAACUUGUGAUAGCAGCUGUACCUGGUGAGUAUACAACUAUGGCAGGACGAAGACUUAAGGAGAAAAUUCACAUGGAAGCAAUCAGUCAAGGAAUGGGGGAAAAUACUAAGGUCGUGCUUGCUGGCUUAACCAACGUUUACACUCAUUACAUCACAACCCCUGAGGAAUAUGUAGCACAAAUAUAUGAGGCAGCAUCCACAAUAUUCGGACCUCACACUUUCCAGGUCUACCAAGAAAAAUUCUCGGACUUAGUAUUUCCCCUUGUCAGCGGAAAUAAAGACGACGUUGACCUAGGACCAUCGCCAGAGCUAAAACAAGCGAACCAAUCUCGCAUCGCACCUUUACCUGGCCCCGACAAAGUGCCCGCUGGGGUAAAUUUCGGUGACAUCAUUGAUGACGUGAAUGCUACGUACAGCACAGACGAUGUUGUGGUUGUGAAAUUCCAUGCAGCUAACCCAAGACACGACAUGAAGUUGGGUUCUACGUACCUUGAAGUUGAGAGACUCGUCGGCAGGGCAUGGAAAACGGUGUACACAGACGCAGAUUGGUCGACCAAGUUUUCUUGGGAAGAAAAGAAUUCAAUAGCGCCUCCAGCGGACCUCACUCUUUUCACGACGUUAAGUGACGUGGUGGCGGAGGCGACGGGUGUCAGGUUCGAUAUAGAUCUGGCUCGCCAACUUCACGAAAGCGGAGUUUUAUUCACCGGAAAUGACGUCAAUGAUGAUGACGUCAUAGCCCAAGAAGUCCGACACAGAUUGUUGCAAAAUAUGUGGGAUCAAAACGUGCUGCGCAGAGAACAAACGAACUACGCUGACGUCACAGCCGUCGAAAGUUACGUCACAAUCGAGUGGGAUAUACCAGUCGACGAAGCAAGCGGAACGUACAGGAUAGUUUACCAUGGUGACUAUAUGGAUGUAGACGGGUCAAUCACACCGUUUACAGGAACUACAAGCGAAUUUGAUGUAGCUUAAUAUUUAUAUUAACCAACAUAUAUUAGGGUCGGGAAAGACAGGACACCUUUAGCACAUAAUAUCCAAAUAUCCUGAUCGUGUUUUAAACGAUUAACAACGGUCUAUAGAAGUCCCAAAGAUACAGUUUUAUAAUUCUUUGAUUGUUAUUUGUUUACUACCGAAUGGGACGAGAAAAUAUUGUGGAAAGGUGUCCUAUCUUUCCCCAUCCCACUAUAUUAUAUUUCUCACGUUUAAUUUAUCGUCACAUUUCACAUUUUGCAAUAUUUUGAUUCUGUAAAUACAAAAAGACAUUUUCACUCUGUAAAA